CAGUAUUACAAUGUACACUUGAGACUUGAGUAACAGAAAAGUGUACAAUGUUGGUGAGCAAUGAGGUAUUCAUACAUAGCUGUGGUGUGAAAAAUCGAUUUGUUAGAACAAAUCAAUCGACAUUAUGCAAUGGAUCUGCAUCUGCAUCAACUUCUUACUUCAUAUCUACUAUAUAUAUUCAUAAAUGAAAUAACAUGUUGAUCAAAUCCCAAUCAAAAAGAUGGGCGUUGAUCCGUUUUAGCGAUAACACAGUGAUGUAGGUCGUAUAGAUCAAUUUGUUGGAGAAAUAACGAUUUGGUGUUUUUUUGUUUUCCAAUUAUGUUUUUGACCAUGGUAUUCUUCUUUCCAUCGAUCUAAUCUCACGGUCAUAAAAAUAGUUCUGUCGUUAGCAGAUGCUUGGUUAUAUUAAAAGGUCUUUUUUUUUUAAUCUCUUCUUGAAAUGAGAUGGCCUGUCAAUAAACUCCAUAUCAAAGAUAAUCGCUUAAAGUGAUAACAAUGUCGGCCAAAAUUGUUAAAUGGAGUCCACCCCAGCAAAUGAUUUCAAGUUUUGGCCCAUUACAACCGCUUCCGUCGUCCAUCAGCUGUCUUCCACUAUCUUCACAGUCACACCACCGCUUCCCUCAUCCAUCAUUUACACGAAGCAGCACUCAUGUCCUCUCCACCACUUCCCCCUUUCGUCGUGAAACACAUAUAUCUACCAACAUAAAUUUAAGAUGAAUCCUCUAUCUUCUUCUGCUAUCUCCGUCUUUGUUGUUGUUGGAAGAAUCCAUUAAUGUUUUAAACUGAAAAUAAACCCACUUUUUCUCUCUACCCUUUGCUGCUUCACUUGCUUCACUUUUUCUCUCUACCCUUGCUGCUUCACUUCCACCGACUAAAUAAAUAAACGAGUGGAUAUUUCCUCCACCGUCUAACUUCUCAAAAUCACAAAGCAUCGAUCCUCAAGCAUUUCUUCCACUCUCACUGCCUGUCGACUGGAACCUAUCCGAUUCAAUCGAUUUUUAGAAGCGAGGCCGAGAAUCCACUCUCCUCCGUUAGGGUUAAAUCGGAAGUGUAAAAUAAUGCGGUUGCUUGUCAAAAAUCAGAUAAACGAUGGAUCCCCAGUUGAAAGUGCGAUUACGAUGGCGAGAUUUUCAAUCGUCGAAGACGAUGACGAUACUCCACUUGCCAAUAAACGGCCAAGAUUCGCCGAACCCGCAUCACAAUCGCAACCCCGGCCUCAGAGAUCUGUCCCAUCGCAACCGCCGGUUGUAUUGGAUUGCCCGAUUUGCCUUGAUCCAUUGUCUUCCUCUGUCUUCCAGGCAUACAGGUUACAUAAACUAUAUAAAAACUGGGAAGAUACCCCUGAUAUAGCUUUUGUGCAAUAG